AUGUCUAAAACAAUCGUUUGUAGCAUAAAGAAGCGUCCAGACUUUUCUACAACUGGCCAGUGGGAUGUUGUCACUGAAAAUGAGGGCAAGCAGUCAACGGCUGUAUUUGAUGCUGUCCUAGUUUGCAGUGGACACCACACAAAUGCCCAUCUCCCACUGGAUUCUUUCACAGGCAUUGAGAAGUUUAAAGGACAGUACAUACAUAGUCAAGAUUACAAAGCUCCGGAAGCAUUUAAAGGAAAAAGAGUGAUCGUAGUCGGAAUUGGCAACUCUGGCGGUGACAUUGCAGUGGAGCUCAGUAGGACAGCUGAACAGGUCUUUUUAAGUACCAGAAGAGGAUCCUGGGUUUUGAAUCGGGUCUCGGACUAUGGUUAUCCUGUGGACAUGAUUGUUCUUACUCGAUUCUUAAACACUCUUAAACACUUACUACCUACUUCCUUACUGAACUGCAUUGGCGAAUCCAAGAUAAAUAAGAGAUUUGACCAUGCUACUUACGGCCUGAAACCUAAACACAGAAUAUUUAGCCAGCACCCGAUGGUGAAUGAUGAUCUUCCAAAUCGUAUUAUUGCGGGUACAGUGGUCAUAAAGUCUAACGUGGUCAAAUUCACUGAAACAGAUGCCAUUUUUGAAGACGGAAGUGUGGAGAAAAACAUUGACGCUGUAAUUUUUGCAACUGGCUAUAGCUUUGAUUUUCCUUUCUGUGAACAUCUCAGAGUCCAAAAGAACAAGAUCUCCUUGUAUAAAUAUGUUUUCUCUCCAGAGCUUGAAAAGCAAACCCUAGCAGUCAUUGGCUUAAUACAGCCACUUGGUGCCAUAAUGCCUGUUUCAGAACUCCAGUGCCGGCUUGCUACCAGGGUUUUCAAUGGUAAUCAGUUACUGCCAUCUGUUAGUGCCAUGAAGGAAGAUAUCCAGAAAAAGAAGGAAGAAAUGGAAAACCGCUAUGUGAGCAGCCAACGCCACACCAUACAAGUGGACUAUAUGGAAUAUAUGGAUGAACUUGCAGAGUUAUUAGGUGUAAGACCAAACAUAGCAAGCCUUUUGUUUACUGAUCCAAAGCUGGCCUGGCAAGUUUUUUUUGGACCAUGUACACCAUACCAGUAUCGACUUUUUGGGCCUGGAAGGUGGGACAAGGCAAGGAAAGCCAUCCUGACUCAAUGGAAUCGAGCUUUGAAACCAAUGAGAACUCGACAUAUAGACUCUCCCAAAGGAAGUCCUACAGUGAAUUUAAUCAUUAUAGGGAUAGUGGUGCUUCUUGCCGCUGUUGUCUUUUACUAUUGAUUGGAAGUAGGAUAAAUUAUAUAAUAUACUGCAAGGGUUAACCAUAUUUGCCUAAGUGAAAGAUGACGACAUUUAGGACUUUUCUCAUUCUAUUGAAUUGUGCAUCAGUAAAUACAGUAAUGAUAACUGAAUGUGUCUUCUUUGGUGGAUGAAUACAACAUUGAAGUCCUACUUCUCAAA